GAUCCAUCCAUCCCGCUCUCCUUCCCGCUCCUCCUCCCGGCCCGGCUCGCUGCCCCCGCCCAUGAGGCGCCCGGGGCCGCCUUCCCGAGAGCGGCAGAAGAUGGCGGCGGCCGCGGGCUGGGCGCUGCUGGCCCUGGCGCUGUGUCUGGGCGCGGCGGCCGCGACCGGCGGCUCGGAGGGGAAGCGGCGGGAGGGGCCGCCCAAGAAGAAGGACAUUCGGGACUACAACGACGCGGACAUGGCCCGGCUGCUGGAGCAGUGGGAGAAAGAUGAUGACAUUGAAGAGGGAGAUCUCCCUGAACACAAGAGGCCUUCAGCACCAAUAGAUUUCUCAAAAAUAGAUCCAGGCAAGCCUGAAAGCAUCCUGAAGCUGACAAAGAAGGGGAAGACUUUGAUGAUGUUUGUCACAGUGUCAGGAAAUCCCACAGAAAAGGAGACAGAAGAAAUCACCAGCCUGUGGCAGGGCAGUCUCUUCAACGCAAACUAUGAUGUGCAAAGGUUUAUUGUUGGCUCCAAUCGAGCCAUCUUUAUGCUGCGGGAUGGUGGCUACGCCUGGGAGAUCAAAGACUUCCUGAUAAAUCAGGAAAGGUGUGCAGAUGUUACUCUGGAAGGUCAGGUUUAUCCUGGCAAAGGAGCAGAUGGAAAUGAGAAAGUGAAAAACAAAACAAAACCCGAAAAAGCAAAGAAGAAAAAAGACACAGAGAAGAAAUCUAACGGCGUCAAAGAGGACAACCGAGCAACCAACCAGAGAGAGGAGCUAUGACAGCCAUGGUACCCAGACUGAUCCUGCUCUGCUGCUCCCUGGAGGGAAUCUGCUGAUGAGUCCUGGGUUUUGGGGAGGAAGGAAGCAGAGACUACUGAAGCUUAAAUUUAUUUUGAAAUUCACCAGUUUACUCACUGCUGUUGGCCAUUUGUUUAGUUACAGGGAAGGUACCGCUUCAUGCCAGCAACUGACUGCUUUGGUUUGUAAUUUUUUAAUGUUUUUGUUGUUGUUUAAAACUAGCUUACAAAUCUGUGUGUCUAACAUUGCAAACUUAAUUUAAGUGGAAAAGAAGAAUUAUUGUUUCAGAAUACACUGAUGUUCAUCUGUAGUAGCUGUGUCCAUCUUGGGUAUGCAAGUCAUGGAUUCACAGCUGCUGUCAGAGAGCCAAGUGCAGUGUGAAAAGAUUCUCUUGGAAGAUGGUUUGAUAGAGACAGUUGGCACAAAACUGUCCAAAGUUGCAAAGAAUAGUGGCCAAAGAUGCCUGAAAUUACAGGGUUUAGGAUGUGUUUGGUUAGACUGUUUGUUUCUUUAAAAUCAGCUCAACCCGUUGUGUCCCAGGAAAGCUGUGGGAGUGCUCAGGAGUGAUGGGUGCCAGGCAGGAGCUCUGUAAUGCACCCCAGAUCUGUACAGGAGGGACAGUCUGUGCCCUUCAGAGGUGAAUGGAAAUGCAGCACCUGCACGAGCAGUGUCAGGUGAAAAGUGGAGACAAGUCCAGGGCAUUCAGCACUCCUGCCAAAGGACUGUGCCUGUGGAAGCAGCUGCUCCAUGUGCCCUGUUACUCAGGCAGUGAGCUGGAAGGAAAAGCUUUAACUCUGAAGUUAAUUUGAUUUUCUGAUUUAAUGGUUUGUUUAAAUAUUUGAAAACGCUAAUUGCAGCACAGAGUUAAACUUUGAGUUAGACAUGUCACUGAUGCUGAUCUGGUUAGAUAUUGGUAGGUUUUUUUCUUGGUACAGAUUCCUGACUGACGUGGUUGAUUGUAAAUGACCAUUAGAUUCAAAUACUAUGAAGUUGGACAUAUGGGAGCCAAUACUUUGUAUAAUUGGGGAGGUUUUAUUAUACUCAGAUUGUAUUCAGUCAAAUGCUUUGCUUAGAAUUGUUUCCCUUCUGCCUUACUGCCAGUUAGGGACUAGAGGCACCGAGUAGUGUGGUCCACAUCAUUUUGCAGAGGAUGAGCACAGUAUCAACUGUCUCCAUUCAAUAUUGGUAUGGUGUUACUUUUUCUUUAAGGUGCUAAAAUCCAAGUGUUUUGGAUAAAAGGUCCUAAUUGAACCAUAAUGGUUGAUCAUGUGGAAUACUUGGGUAUCAAAAGUAUGAGUCCUUGUUCUAAAAUAAAAGAUGUCACUAAACUUAAUGUUGAAGAGUAGUAAAAUCUUUUAAAUAGAUCUGCACUUGGUAGUGUAUUCAAGAGGCAGACUAACUCAUCCUUGGUUUCUGUAUGUAAGGACUGUAAAUGAUGUUGAUGAAGGUUCCAGUUGAUUCCUUUUAUUUAAUUUUAAUUAUAUUUGUAUGAAUUUAGAUUAAAGAAACCUUUGCAGCUACACUUCACUCAACAGGCCUGUACCUGUUUGAGUGGAAAAUUAAAAUUUGUUUCUUCAGGAUUAACUAUUACUUUUUAUAUUCUGCUAUUAAUGCAGAUGUGCAGCGGAGUUGAGAGGAGUCUCAGUAGAUAUUUGGGUGGUUGAGAUGUGUAGUCCAAUUCUUGUGCAUAACUGAUUUAUCAUUUGGUCACAUAUUCUGGGUUAGCACCACCCUUUGGAAACAAUAUUGCUUCUCAUCUCAAGGGAAGAACAAAGGUCAGAUGAAACUGUAAAAAUGAAAUAAUAAUAAGUUUUUGCUUUUCAAAGUUACGGUAUAAAGGUGAUAAUUCAGAUUUUGAUCAGAAGGACAUGAAGUGCAGUUUUGUAUUCCUCAUAAUGUUAUUUCCUUUUUGAUCAGUUUGGGUUUGAGACUGUUGGAGAAACAAUUACUACACUAUAGCUAUAGCCCAGCUUUUGAGUAUAGAUAACUCAGUCAAUCAUAAACCUGCAUUUACAGUAGAUUGGGUCUGUCCCCUUUGUAGUUAAAAGGAGUUUUGUUGAAAUUGAACCAGCCAGUUGAUCACUAUUUUUUUUUUGGUUGGUUGUUUCUGGGUCAGUUGCCCAUGCCAAAUGCAGGUAUGUCUUGUGCUACAUAGCUUAAUCAAAUUUCAAAGUGUUUGGGGGUUUUUUUUGGUUUGGUUUUUUGUUUGGGUUUUUUUUUUUCUUCUUAAUCUGUAUCAUGACUUGAUGGUUGCUUUUUGAUAUAAAAAACAAAAUGCUGCCUUCACAAAAUAAGUUUCUUUUACUCCUCCAUUUUUCUCCCUCUUCCAUGCUUUACCACUAAGUGUAAUAUUGCAGUCUGGCAGGAGCUGCUUUACCCCAGCCAAUCUUUCUCUGCUAUCACAGUUCAUUACUCAAGAAUAACCUGAAUUGCCUUUUAAAACUGGUAAAGUCUUUGAGACAGUUGCACUUGUCCUGGGAUAGUGUUACAUAACCAAAUAUUUGGUGAUGAUUUAAGAAGCCCAAACCCUGUCACACACAUGAAUUUAUAUAUAUAUGAAAAUAAAUAUCCUCAAAAAUUUGUGUAAGACCAGGAAUGUUCCAUGAGUACCUCAGAAGAUGGAGUCUCCUUUGGAGGCUUAUCAGGCUUUGAAUAACAGAUUUUUUGGUUCCACAUACAGGACAUUCAGAUAUCUCCUUUAAAACUAAUUUUAACCAGUAGGAUGGUAAUUAUAGUUGUUUUUGGUUUUUUUUCUGUACAGAGGUAUAUGGAAAAUCAUCUGUUUUCAUGACAGUGAAACAGCUGCUGCCUUUCUCCUCCCAGCAUAGUGAUUUCUCUAUUCUAAUGCUAUAACUAACUUUUCUGAGCUACUGUUAGAUUUUUAACCCAGCUGUCCUACUCAGAAGAAAGAGUUUGUCAGUGAUGCUACACAGGAUGUGGUUGCACUUUGUGAAAAAUUUCCAAUGGACAAUCAACUUUUUAUGUAAUAAAAUACUGGAAAAAAUAUUCUGGGUUUUGUUGAUACGGGGUUUUUCUUUAAACUGUUGUGACAAAAACUACACCAGGAUUUCUGAUCUUAACUUAGAGGGGUCAAAGCAUUUCUCUGAACAGUCAGGUCAGCCUUGACUUCCAAGAGAAUCUACUUUUCUGUCACUGUUCCUGAACUCCUUCAAUUUUGUCCCUAAAAGGAAAUCAUAAAUUAAAACACCAUUUUGUAAAGAUACGGAACAAUCUACUUUUAUCUGGUAUUUGGCCAUUGUUCUUGAUGGGUUUCUGGUAAAGCUUAUAAAUUAUUUCCAUUCUUUUAUCUGUGCCUCAUUUCCUUUUUUAAUCAGGGAGUAACACUGCCUUUUCCAAAGGAUUUUUGUUUUAAUUGCAUCGGAUAUUUAUAGAAAUUCAAAGAACCUAUGCCUGAAUAGAGGGGAUGCCUCUGUUUUUAAAAUGCCUAAUUUGUUGGUAGUGUCAUGUUUUUCUUUAUUAAGAUUGCCAUCCUACUUAGUCCAUUGAUACCCUGCUAUUUGAUAAUUCUAACUCUGAGAUAAAAUGAACUAUUUUUGAAUGUCACUAUUUUUUAUCCUUUAUACUGUGCCCUUUUAACAGGACAAAUCCCACUGAAGUCAGGUAGUACCAAACUGCCAGGAAGGAAAAGAAGAAGGAAAAUCACUCUACUUGGAUUUUCAGAUGGUGGGUUUUUUUCUCCUGCAGUAGUCAGGUGGUGGAGGGGGUUUGACACAGGAGAGCUCUGUGCAGAACAGUUUUUGAUUAGCAUUUAAAAAGCUUCUGUAACACACCACAAUCAAGCAUUGCACAGUGCUAGACUUCAGCCAGGGACAGAUGGGAAAUGCUUUGUUCUUUUCCUGUGUGAUGCUACUUAACAGACCAGUGUUGAUACUGGCUGGGUUAUCAGUGGCAUUAAAUCAACUGUUUGUGUGAUAGGAAAAUCAGAUCUGUUAACCACCAUUUAAAUUAACAGUAAUAAUGGUAAUAAGUAAUUAUUUUGAGAUUGGUGUUGGUUAUGUGGUGGUUAUUAUUAUUAAUAUUAUUAUUAUUUAUUACUACAUAGAUAUUGGUAUUUUGGGAGGGGAAAAUGGGACAGUUAAAGGAGCUUCAGCCUCUUCCCUGUCUUAUGGGCAAAGGCUACAACUUCUCAGAAACAGAACCUUUUUUCUUUCUUACUCCAGAAUUGUGUCUGUUGCAGUGGGACAGAAGACACUCUUGUUUUUUUACAGAAGAGGAACUGGAAUGCUCUAAUUCAUGGAGUUUAUAGCCCAAACUUUUUUUUCUUUAGGUAAUUUAUUGAUACCUCAAAAAACCCAGUGGGCCCAUCUUUACUGCCUGUAACAUCUGCUGCUUUUAAAGGUAAUUAUCAGUUGAGUCUGAACAGAGGCUGGACUUCUGUGUUGGCACCCUGCCCACUAAUUCUGUGGAAAGCACUGACCAGAGCACUGAACACUCAUUAAAUCAUUAAUAUUUAAAUGAGCUUGGCUGCCUUAAUUGGUGGCAGAGUUACAUGCCAUCAGGUCUCUGUGUGCAUUGGAAAGAGGUGAACAGCAAGACCCAGAAAUUUGCUUGCAAGGUGCAAGGAUUGAACAGCACCAUGAAGUGACCUGGAUCUUGCUGUAACAUAUAAAGUGUUCUCUGUAGUGAGGAAGACUGAAUUGUACAGGAAUAAUUGUAGUGCAAGGGUGUUUUCAAAACAAGAUCAUGGUUGAGCAUGUGCUGAGUCAAUAUAAAAAUAAGCAAAAGGGUUUAAUGGGUGUAUUUAAUGUGACCAUUGCUGUUAUUUCUGAGAUUCAUGCCUGCAGGCCAUCUUGUAUAUUUGAGAUUUUUUAAGCUUGUCCUUCUGGCAACUCAAUUUCAUUCAAUUUCUUUUUGCAAAAAAAAAAAAAAAAUAGAAA